AUGGGAGGCAAAAAGAAACACCAUGCUCCACCCGGGCCCUAUCCUUACCCUCUACAAGGAUAUCCUCCUUCCAGCGGAUACCCACCAGCGACAUAUCCUCCUACGGGUGGAUAUCCACCGACCGGAUAUCCUCCAUCAACGGCAUACCCUUCUCCUAGCGCAUAUCCUCCGCCAGUUGUUGGUGGAUAUCCUCCUCCUGGCGGAUAUCCACCAGCCGCAUAUCCUCCUCCGGGACCAGUAGGACACAUUCCGGCACCUUAUCCACCAGCUAGUUAUCCCGGUGGUGGUGCAUAUGGGGCUCACCCCCAUUACCCUCCACAUGGAGCUUAUGCAACACAUGGGAGUUACUAUGGGCAUGGGCAUGGUCAUGGCCAUGGAAAAUUCAAACAUGGGAAAUUUAAGCAUGGGAAGCAUGGCAAACACGGCGGGCAUAGAUACAAGAAGUGGAAAUAA